AUGAAAGCCCAAAGCCACCCCUCUCAACGUAGUUUGGGCUGCUCCGAAGCCGAAAACAAGUGCUCCACUCACGCAUGCGUACUACCGCAAAAGAAUGUGGCCGCUGAUACCCUUCCGAUGGAUCAACCGGCGGCGACACUGUUUUACAGUUUCUAAAGUAGUUUGUGUUCAGCAGCUGCACAGCAGCAGCACUGAGUUUGCAAACAUCCACUACGAUGGACUGUACCCUGGACAUAUUCCCACCACCACCGUUCAAAAAGCUCUCUUGUCCAUUGGGUCAGGUGUGGCGGCACUGCAAAACCCCUACAGACAUGACAUGGUUGCAGUCCUGGGGGAGACAACGGGACACCUAGCACUCAUAAAGCUCAGGGACAGGAUGAGAAAUGACCCUGAAGGCUACGCUGUCCUAACAGAAAGGCCGAGGAUCCGGCUGUCUACGCUCGAUCUGACAAAGAUGGCUUCGCUGCCUGACGGCUCCUUUGGGAGGGAAUACCUCAGAUUUCUGGAGGACAAUGAUGUGACUCCUGACUCAAGAGCAGACGUGAAGUUCGUGGACAACGAGGAGCUAGCUUAUGUCAUGCAGAGAUACAGAGAGGUCCACGACUUGCUGCACACCUUACUGGGCAUGCCCACUAACAUGCUGGGUGAAGUCGCUGUGAAAUGGUUUGAAGCUACUCAGACCGGGCUUCCCAUGUGUGCUCUUGGAGCUGUGCUAGGGCCACUACGGCUAAAUGCAAGUCGUUUACAGUCACUCUUUACAUCUUUGGGCCCGUGGGCUCUCCAGAACGGACGGUGUGCUCGCUGCGUCCUCAGCAUCUUCUACGAGAGGCGCUGGGAGCAGAGCCUCGAGGACCUCCGGCGAGAGCUCAACAUCGAGCCACCUCCUGUCAUACCAAAGGCUAAGAAGAAGAAGACCUGAAGAGGGAAAACAUAAUGAAUGUUCUGGAAAUUGCUCUACAAGAGACUAAACCAGAAAUAUGUAAAAGAUUCUGUGGAAAUUUGUAAUGCUGGGGGGAAGGGAGAAUUUCCCUCUGCAAAGAUUUGAAAAAUCUCCUUUCCUGUUUUUCUGGUUUUAACGGAAGAUGAUCUCAGCUGAUGAGACGCUUUUAUUUGUGUCUGAUUCUGCCAUGUAACUAGAAUUAUUAAAGUUGUUGUAGUUAUUAAAACAGGC